GACAAUGCUGGGGAGAUGAAGAUAGUGUGUAGCUGCUUCUGGACUCAAGGAGGAGGAGAGAGAUUCCGCGAGCCGACACCAUGCGAUCCAAGGCGAGGGCGAGGAAGCUAGCCAAAAGUGACGGUGACAUUGUAAAUAAUAUGUAUGAGCCGGACCCGGACCUGCUGGCUGGCGAGAGUGCAGAGGAGGAGACUGAGGACAGCAUCAUGUCCCCCAUCCCCGUGGGGCCGGCGUCCCCCUUCCCCACCAGCGAGGACUUCACCCCCAAGGAAGGCUCGCCCUACGAGGCCCCCGUCUACAUCCCCGAGGAUAUCCCCAUCCCGCCGGACUUCGAGCUCCGCGAGUCCUCCAUCCCUGGGGCCGGCCUGGGGGUCUGGGCCAAGAAGAGGAUGGAAGCCGGGGAGAGGUUUGGCCCCUACAUGGUGGCGCCCCGGGCCACGUUGAAAGAGGCCCACUUUGGAUGGGAGCAAAUGCUGACUGAUGCAGAAGUGUCGUCACAGGAAGGCUGCAUCCAAAAGGUCUCCGAAGACCUGGGCAGCGAGAAGUUCUGUGUGGAUGCUAGUCAGGCGGGGGCCAGCAGCUGGCUGAAGUACAUCCGCGUGGCCUGCUCCUGCGAUGACCAGAACCUCAGCAUGUGUCAGGUCAACGAGCAGAUCUAUUACAAAGUCAUUAAGGACAUUGAGCCAGGACAAGAGCUGCUGGUGCACGUGAAGGAAGGCGCCUACUCCCUGGGGACGGUGCCCCCCAGUCUGGAUGAGGAGCCCACGUUCCGCUGUGACGUAUGUGACGAGCUCUUCCAGUCCAAGCUGGACCUGCGGCGCCACAAGAAGUACGCGUGCGGUGCCGUGGGGGCCGCCCUGUACGAGGGCCUGGGCGAGGAGCUCAAGCCCGAGGGCCUGGGCAGCGGCGACGGGCAGGCCCACGAGUGCAAGGACUGUGAGCGGAUGUUUCCCAGCAAGUACAGCUUGGAGCAGCACAUGGUCGUCCACACAGAGGAGCGCGAGUACAAGUGUGACCAGUGUCCCAAGGCCUUCAACUGGAAGUCCAACCUCAUCCGCCACCAGAUGUCCCACGACAGCGGCAAGCGCUUCGAAUGUGAAAACUGUGUGAAGGUGUUCACGGACCCCAGCAACCUGCAGCGGCACAUCCGCUCCCAGCACGUCGGUGCCCGGGCGCACGCCUGCCCGGAUUGCGGGAAGACAUUCGCCACGUCCUCCGGCCUCAAGCAACACAAACACAUCCACAGCACGGUCAAACCUUUCAUAUGUGAGGUCUGCCACAAGUCCUACACACAGUUCUCCAACCUGUGUCGCCACAAGCGGAUGCACGCCGACUGCCGCACGCAGAUCAAGUGCAAGGACUGCGGGCAGAUGUUCAGCACUACCUCCUCCCUCAACAAGCACCGGCGCUUCUGCGAGGGCAAGAGCCAUUACACGCCCGGCGGCCUCUUCUCCCCGGGCCUGCCCUUAACCCCCAGCCCCAUGAUGGACAAGGCGAAGCCGCCCCCCAGCCUCAACCACACCGGCCUGGGCUUCAACGAGUACUUUCCAUCCAGGCCGCACCCGGGGAGCCUGCCGUUCUCCGCGGCCCCGCCGGCCUUCCCCGCACUCACGCCCGGCUUCCCGGGCAUCUUUCCUCCAUCCCUGUACCCCCGGCCGCCUCUGCUACCUCCCACGCCGCUGCUCAAGAGCCCUCUGAACCACACGCAGGACGCCAAGCUCCCCAGCCCCCUGGGGAACCCAGCCCUGCCCCUGGUCUCCGCCGUGGCCAACAGCGGCCAGGGUGCCACGGCGGCAGCGGGGGCCGAGGAGAAGUUCGAGGGCCGCCUGGAGGACACGUACGCCGAGAAGCUCAAGACCCGGAGCAGCGACCUGUCGGACGGCAGCGACUUCGAGGACAUCAACACCACGACCGGAACGGACCUGGACACGACCACAGGCACCGGCUCGGACCUGGACAGCGACGUGGACAGCGACCGCGACAAGGCGCAGGGCAAGGGCCAGGCAGCCGAGGGCAAGGCAGAGUUUGGGGGCGGCACGGCGCCCCCGGGGGCGGCGCACAGCGUGGGCGAGGUGCCCGUCUUCUACGCCCACCACUCCUUCUUCCCGCCGCCCGACGAGCAGCUGCUGAGCGCGUCGGGCGCUGCGGGCGACUCCAUCAAGGCCAUCGCCUCCAUUGCUGAGAAGUACUUCGGCCCCGGCUUCAUGGGCAUCCAGGAGAAGAAGCUGGGCGCGCUGCCUUACCACUCGGUGUUUCCCUUUCAGUUCCUGCCCAACUUCCCACACUCCCUCUACCCCUUCACGGACCGCACCCUUGCCCACAACUUGCUGGUCAAAGCCGAGCCAAAGUCGCCCCGGGACGCCCUCAAGGUGGGCGGCCCCAGUGCCGAGUCCCCCUUUGAUCUCACCACCAAACCCAAAGAGGCAAAGCCCGUCCUGCCCACGCCCAAGGUGGCCCCGGCCCUGGCGUCCGGCGAGGAGCAGCCGCUGGACCUGAGCAUCGGCAGCCGCGUCCGAGCCAGCCAGAACGGUGCGGGGCGGGAGCCCCGCAAGAACCACAUCUAUGGCGAGCGCAAGCUGGGGGCCGGCGAGGGGCUGCCCAAGGCGUGCCCGGCGCCGCUGCCCCAGCAGCCCUCCCUGCACUAUGCCAAGCCGUCGCCCUUUUUCAUGGACCCCAUCUACAGCAGGGUAGAGAAGCGGAAGGUGCCAGACCCCGUGGGAGCCCUGAAAGAGAAGUACCUGCGGCCGUCCCCACUGCUCUUCCACCCCCAGAUGUCAGCCAUUGAGACCAUGACAGAGAAGCUGGAGAGCUUUGCCGCCAUGAAGGCGGACUCUGGGGGCUCCCUGCAGCCCCUCCCCCACCACCCCUUCAACUUCCGGUCCCCACCCCCAACGCUCUCGGACCCCAUCCUCAGGAAGGGCAAGGAGCGCUACACAUGCAGGUACUGCGGGAAGAUCUUCCCUCGAUCUGCAAACCUCACAAGACACCUGAGGACGCACACCGGGGAGCAGCCGUACAGGUGUAAGUACUGCGACCGGUCCUUCAGCAUCUCCUCUAACCUCCAGCGGCAUGUCCGUAACAUCCACAACAAGGAGAAGCCUUUCAAGUGCCACCUGUGCAACCGGUGCUUUGGGCAGCAGACCAACCUGGACCGACACCUCAAGAAGCACGAGCAUGAACACGCGCCAGUGAACCAGCACGCUGGGGUCCUCACGAACCACCUGGGAACCAGUGCCUCCUCCCCCACCUCCGAGUCAGACACCCACGCACUUUUAGACGAGAAGGAAGACUCAUAUUUCUCUGAAAUCAGAAACUUUAUUGCCAAUAGUGAGAUGAACCAAGCGUCGACGCGAACAGACAAACGGCAGGAGGUCCAGGACCUGGACAGCACCCAGCAGUGUCCGGGCCUCACUGGUGGGAAGCCAGAGGAUGGGGAAGAAGAGGAGGAGGACGAGCUGGAGGAGGAGGACGAUGACAGCCUGGCAGGGAAGUCCCAGGAUGACGCCGUGUCCCCCACGCCCGAGCCCCAGGGCGCCUAUGAGGACGAGGAUGAGGAGCCACCCACCUCCCUGGCUGUGGGCUUCGACCACAGCCGAAGGUGUGUUGAGGAGCCACCAGGCGGUCUCUUAGCUUUGGAGCCGAUGCCGACUUUUGGGAAGGGGCUGGAUCUCCGCAGCGCAGCUGAGGCAGCGUUUGAAGUUAAAGAUGUGCUUAAUUCCACCUUAGACUCUGAGACUUUAAAACAGACACUGUACAGGCAGGCUAAGAACCAGGCAUACGCAAUGAUGCUGUCCCUUUCUGAGGACGCUGCUCUCCACACCCCCUCCCAGAGCCCCCUGGAUGCUUGGAUGAACAGCACGGGGGCCACCCCCGAGUCCGGAGCCUUUAACCCCGUCAGCCACCUCUGACAGGCCCAGGAGGCCACCUCGGCCCCCAAGUCCCGACAGAAAUCCCAGCUGUGGACGAUGGAGGCGAGGGCCUUGGGGAGCUGGCACGGCCUGGGGCCAGGAGGCCACUGUCACCUACGUCUGACCACUCCUCAGUGUCUGGCCCUCCCACCGUGGUUCAGCUCUAGCUUUUCCAACGAAAACUCAGACACCGGAAGCUACGGGAGCACUCAAUGAGUUCACUGUCUCUAAGAAUUGUUCUCGAGAACUUCAUUCUAGAAGAGCACAGCUUGUGGGAACAGCCUCGCGGAAUCAGCCCUGUGGGCGAGGGCAGGAUUUGAAUCCCAAACGGAAGCCGGGGGCCACUUCCGGGCCUGGAAGGGAUGGACAGACAGGGGUGCGCUCUAAGGACGAGAUUACCCAAACGAUUUUUAUAAUGAAAAUGACAAGAAUAACCCUUUUGGUAAUCUUAUGGACGACAGAGUCUAUUUAAGCAUGUGGUUUUAAAAAUAGACAGUAUUUUUAAGAAAAAAAAAUGAAAAAUGACUUGCAAAUUGUUUUUUAAAAGUAAUUUUGCAUUGCUUUCAAAUCUCAGUUUAUUUGCAGACCCACGCCUGCCUGGGAACUGGCACUGCGCUGGGCGCGUUCUUUAUACUGUAGAUAAUGGAGAAAUUUUCUAUCCCUGACCCUGUUUGUAAAGCCAAGGUGAUUCUGGGUCCCCAGAGGCAGAACCGAGGGGCGUGGCCCUCCCCUGUGAGCCGGUUCAGACUGUACUGGUACGGUGUCCUGGGCUGCCCGAGGCUGGAACGGGACAUGUGCCUGUCGUUUCUGACAUGUGAUUCAUGGCUCGGCUCCUCCUAAAGCCCCCAAUUAUAUAGAGAAGGUCUGAGUGGUGGCUCUGAUCUCCAGCGCAGAGGUGGGCCGGACACCUGGUGUCCCUGCCCCCAAGGUCUGUGCCUCGGCCACCCCUGUGCUAGCUCCACUGCCGCUCUCUAGAAGGCAGGGCCUGCUGGCCACAGACGUCCAGCCUCCACCCUCACCCACCCCCGUCAGACGGACUAGGGGAAGGAAGCAGGCAUGCCCCCUCCCCUGCUCCAGGCACCAAGCUCCACACGCCUGAGACCAGGAUCCAGGACGCAAGUGCCACUCCUGCUCUUUUCGUGGGUUCUUGGCAGGUGGGACCGGCUCCAGGACGGAAGGGCAUCCACACAGGACCUGGGGACCUGCCACCCUUCCCUGGGGACCAGUCUGCUUCUCCACUCAAUGGGCUUUAAAUUAUUCCCGUAGGGGCCAAUUUCAAAUAAUAAUUUUUUUUCCCUGAUGGAAUUUACCUUAAUCUGUAUAUAACUUGUAAUUUUUUUCUAAUUCAUUUCUUUUCUUAUUUUAUUUCUUCCUUAACAGUAUUUUUGGCAUUAGACAUUCUUAUUGUGAAGAAAUAAUGUUAAUAUAAGUAUCUAGUGAAGGACCAAAACCGUGUGAGAAGGUUGUGUGUUGUGUGACCGGUAGCCAGGGAGCGGGCGACUUGUAAUGUGCCAAAUAUAUUCCGCGGCCCCCCACAAAUCCUGCUGUCACUGCUGCCCGUUUUCCAGACAAUCAUGUGUUUUUGUUAAAUUUGAGUUUCAGCUGCAUUUACGACAAGUGUUCUAUUUAUUUCUUUUAUUGUUUGGGAGAAAAAAGAGUAAUAAUCUCCCAACUAGAGGGGAGAAAAAUCGCCCAAGUUGCCCUUAAAAAAGAGUGUACAUCAAACCAGUACGGAUCGCGUGUCGCGGUGGGCCUGCCCUCAGCCUGGCCCGGGGCAGCGGGAAGUGUCCGAGCAGCCUGUCCCCGCGGCUCAGGGCACAGCCGUCGGCGUGGGUGCCAGGGUGUCCAGCCUCACCCUGGAGAGCCACGUGGGGAGGUCCCUGAGGGCACCACCAGCCACGGAUCCCAGUGAAAGAGCUUCACCCCCUUUCUCAAAUGCACACGAGGUGGUAAGACUGACAGCCACCCAGGCACGUGCGGAGGCCACUUACACCAGUGUGCAGGCUGGAAUGUCACCCCCCCCACCCCGGGGCCACCGGGAAGAGCUGGCCGCCUCGUCCAUAAGGAUUUGCAAACCUAACCGCUCACACCUCCGGCCGGCAGCCUCCCUCGGCCAGACCCACCGGCGUGGCUAGGGAUGUCCACGUCCCCUUGAUGGGGAUCCCUUUGAAAAGUCAACCUCAGAUCCAAACACCCCAUUUCUGUAAACCCAAAUUAUAUGAUUUCUUCUGCUAAAGAAUAAGGUGUCUGGUUUUUUUUGCUAUAGGACUCUCUCUGUCUAAAAUAGGCAGUUUGGACUAGUGGACACCUAAGUGUCUAUUCUCGGCCACUGCAAGGCAGACAAGGGCUGCCCUUGCUGUUCCCCCCGGGUCUCUCUGUGCACUGUCACAUUCUGUCAUUGUCGGCCGAUCCUCCUAAUCAUUGUCGCUUCUCUUUCUUUCUUUUCUUCCAACCCCCUCCCCCACCAGGAGCCCCAGUUGCACAUUUUAAGGCCUACAUUUUUGUCCCCCUAGAAGCGAUUUAGAACAAGCCCAGUUUCUCCUAAACAUUCAGCCCCUCGGGCCCGAGCACUUGGCAGGUUUAGGAGAGUCUGUCCUUGGACGCUCAAAGCUUAGCAUGCCCCAGACCACAGUGAGCCACCCUCCCUGGUCCUCGGGCCAGGCUCCAGUACCGGCCCCUCCCGGCUUACUCAGCCCCAGCACCUUUGACGCUGAGGCCACCAAGUGCCGGGAGACCCCUGGGGGCCAGGGAGCCUGGAUCUGGUGAAAGAAUUUCCAGAUCCCAGCCUCAGAGCACGAGUGCGGCAGGGCUGCUGGCCGUUGGGCUGACCUCUGUGACCCAGGGGGGCCCCAGUGCCAGGUUUGCCCAGGCCCAGUGCCCCUCCAUCCAGCCUCAGGUGCUUCCCUCAUUUGACACCCCCAAAUGGAAAUUCAGAAGGAGGCCUCUUCGCACUUCCCUCCGCUGCUCAGACACUCCCCCCCACUGCUGCUGUCAUUCCCGGGCCGUCGGGCAGGACGCUCGGGCCCUGACCCUUUGGCCAGCCAGACCCUUCGUGAGUGGGACCGAGGCACACAUUCCUGCAGCCUGCCUGGCACCCCGGAGUGGGCAUCUGUGGAUGGGGGACGCCUGAGAGACGCCCAGCCACGCGGCCACCCCGUGCAAGGACCCUGGCUGGCCCAGCAGCUCCGUGGCCCCCGCGCCCGGCCUCGUCUGUCCUAGCUGCUUCCCUGAGCAUUCGCAAAGCACUUGCUGACAUACAUACCACACACAUUAGCCUCGAAGCCUUGAAGCACUGGAUUGUGGGCCCCCUGCCCCCUGCCCUCAUCUCCCUGCCCAAGUGACUGAAAUCUACUGAGCUGUAUUCACUGUGCUUUCCGGCGGGGGGGUGGAGGGCGGUGCCAUGGGAGAGCGCACCCCUGCACUGCCCCCCGAGGGACGGACGGAUGGGGAGCCGGGCGCUCUCCUCCGUCCCAGCUGGGGGAUAGAGGACACAGCCACAGCUGCUCCUGGUCAGUGCAGGUCAGCCGGGUAUCAAAAGCCAUGAAACUGUGUCUGUAGCAACGAGUGAUACUGUGACUAAGACAUUCUUACGUUAUUCCGAGGACGUUCCUUUACUCCUUCCAUUCCAGUUUUUUGGUUGUAUUCCUUUCUGUCACGGACUUGCAUUACCACUUUUGGGGAAAAAACAAAAUGAAAGAAACGACAAUGAAAAGGCAGCUUGAGUUCCCAAAUGUGCAAUUCACGGGUGAACAAAGCAAUUCGGAAGGUUUCCUUCAGCGCAUUUUGCAUCGUCCUCUUGCAGACGAGGGAAGCCGAGCCCCACUGUCCGAACACGUCAUGGGAAGCUCACAUAUGUGUACAUGCCAACAAGACCCCGAACCGCUGUGUCAUGUCAUCCUUUUGCCAUUGUUCCCUGACAGAUUUGGUUUAGGUUUUUUGGUUUGUUUUUUGUUUUUUUUCCUUUUAGAACUGUAUAGUGUUGAAAAGAAAUCAAAUGUAAAUGUCUGGUUUUCAUAUAAUGUUUAAAAAAAAAAAACCAUUGAGAGGGAGGCUAGUGUUUGUCCCAUGUCCCCGAUUGUAAAUUGCUUCAGUUAUCAGUAAGCUGUGCAUGACUCGUGUUUAGCGGUCAUUACUGUGUCUAUUCGUGAAAUUUUUAUGGAAAGGAAAAUUCCGUAGAUGCACUUAUUACACGUGAUUAGGUCUGUGUCCUCAUGACCAGGAGUCCUGAGCUUCCAGCACAAAGGAGAUGCAGCUCUUAAUUCCCGUGGAAAUCUCUGUGGGAGGAGAACGACAGAAAGACAUGACGUGGGACGUCACUGGCAGAGAGAUCCCGCAGAUUCCAUGUCGGUGCUUGUGAUCAGUACUUGCGUAGAGAAACGUCUUCAAGAUGAAGCCUAGGCAGAGCUGAUUUUGAGGUCAAUGCCGUAGAAUAGGACUGUAUACCAAAUGUAAUCUUUCCGAUGCUACAAUGAAUUUAUACAUGAGAUUGAUAU